AUGUGCCCCGCGCGUACAUCUUCCAAAGAGCCCAUUGACGAGGUUAUCAAACACUUAAUCCCUCAUGCGCCACAUCAAAUGCGCCACCUGAAAUAUGCAACCAUCUUCAAGAUCCAACAGCAGCUCGGUCGACAUAAUGACUUUAAGCAAUGGAGCGACAAACCCCGACUGUUCACUCUAUUGCGCAUGCUGCAAUGCGACAACAAUAUACUAAAUAGGUUCUUGGACGCAGGUGUCAACGACUAUCUUCUGCCUCUGACGGGAAACUUCUUCAUGGGCCUGGGUGUCGAAAUGUCAUGGACGGAGUUUCGAGCUGCUCAACGAUAUGUCUUAUUGCAUCCUGAGGACAUGAGCGAGUCAUAUCUACAAGGCGACCCGAACCGCCACCACAAUUUGGAAGAUGGAGACGAUGUUUUUCAGGAAGCAGGGGAACUGGGUGAAGGAGGAACAGCUACGGUCUCAACAGUACGGCUUACUACUUUCGAUAUUUCAGACAAUGAACGACUAUACGCCUGCAAACGCUUGGCGCGAGAGAACUUAAGGGAGCAAAAAAAACACCUUCAGCCAUUCAUAGACGAGCUACAUAUACUGCGCAAGAUCAGCCAUUCUAGCACGGCCCGUCAUCCGCAUAUGGUACGGCUCGUCGCAAGCUAUACAGAUCUGAGGCAUUUCGCUUUCGUUCUUCAUCCUGUGGCAGACUGCUCGCUCAAGGACAUGUUGGAAUCCGCCAACUUACUAGAUCGGCGUGAAGAUUUCUCUAGCUUACGACGAUGGUUUGGGUGUUUAGCGUCUGCGCUGGUGUAUCUACACGGGCAGUCCAUACGUCACAAAGACAUCAAGCCGGGCAAUAUCCUUAUGCACAACGGAACUGUAUACUUGUGCGACUUUGGUAUCUCGCUCGACUGGAAUGGGUCUCACCCUACCACCGAAGGACCGUCAGCCAGGACCCGAGGCUAUUGCGCUCCUGAAGUCUUGAACGCCAAAGCUCGUGAUAGUCGCUCAGACGUCUGGUCAUUAGGACGAGUCUUCUGCGACAUGUUGACUGUUCUGGCUGGCAGUCGUAUAACCGAAUUGCUGGAGCGUAUCGGUGGUGAUCUGCAUGGGAUAUAUGACGACCGUUACCAAGAUGAUCUACACAGGUGGUUAUCUGAUUUCUCGUUCGAGAGCACCCCGCAUGACUGUUCCAGGAGAAGUAUCCAGCGAUUAGUGGAGGAAAUGAUGUAUAAGGAUAAAAACUCGCGACCUAAUGCCGAACAAGUCCUUCAGUGGUUCUGCGAAAGUAAUUCUAGCCUGAUAGGCCCAUGCUGCAAAGUUGAGAGUGAAGCUGCAUCGAUCAAGAGAUCCGAGGAGGAGAAGGUGCAAGAGGAAGCGGACAAGAAUGCUAAGGAAGAGGAGAAAAACGCUAAGGAGGAGGGGAAAGGGGCUGUUAAGGAACAGAAGAAAGCAAAGGAAGACGCUAAGAAGAGGGAAGAAGAGGCUGAGGUCAGAGUCGCUAAGAAGGAGGAGAAGAAGCAGGAAGAAGUUGACAAGAAAGCUACCGAGGACGAGAAGCAGCAGCAAGAGAAGGACAAGUUCAACAACGGGUUCGUUGCUGGAGAAACAGAGUCAUUAACAAGUCUACCGCUCGGUCGCACAUCAACGACGAUCGGUUGUUCAACCAUUCUUGCUGAAUCUUCCAUAGGAUCGCAGCAUCCCGUACAGUGGUCGAGUGGAGCUGUGCAUUAUCCAGAGCUACCACCCGUUGAUUCCCGGCACACAUGCAAUUGUGGUCCUCGAACAAAAGAGCGCCUUAUCCUAUGCGUGCUCAAUGUGCAUCUAUUCAUCAAGGCGAAGCAACCAACAAUGGAGAUGAAUGAGAAUUGCGACCUUCACAAGGAUAUGCUAUAUGUGUACGAGUCCUAUUCAGGACCAAACAGUGAGAAAUGGAAAAUCUGGCACAAAACGCGUCGACUAGUCAUAAGUUACAAGCCCGAACCUCACAGUCAACGUAUUUGCAGCUCAUUCUGGUUGCCCUUGACGGAUGUCAACUUCGUAGUUCAGAACAUGAGUCUCACAUUGGGCUGGUCCGAUUGUAACCAAUGGAACCUUGGACGUACUGUAAACAACAAACCCAGCUGGGACUGCAUAUACGACUCUGAAAACACCAACAAUGAGAUAGUAUUGCUCUUCACAAAAGCUGGAAUGGCCAAGGUAGUCGAGAGAAAUCUUUGUACCAUCUUCAGCAAAUUAGAUGGUGUUAAGGAAUGGCGCAUGAUCGAAAUCAUGGGCCAGCAAAGACUAUUGGUCGUCGAUGUACGUGACCGUAACCAGGAACCCAUUCGCUAUCGCUUGGCCUGUCUAGCUACCUACGAAUUGCCUUCCAGAAGCACCUUCCGGGCGUUCAUACACUGGUCGAACCUUGAUCUGGACAUUCAGAUAAAAUCCGGCGUUAUGGUCAUCCGGUUCGACCAAGUAUCGACUCCUCACUACUACUCAGACAUCAACAACGAGCCUUGGAAGGACGAGACUAAGAUUGCGCGAUACACAGGGAGCGCAUUGGUGUUGAGUGAGUACUCGAUGACGUUUCCGUGCAGCUUUGGGAACUCUACGUUCUUGCCUGAAGGUUUGAAACAAAUGUUCGAAUCUCUUACAGGCUGGACCAUGUGCUUUUUUGCCUCCGAUGUGGAAAUAAAGAAGACGAACACGCUGCCAAAGACGAAUUAUGGAGAGUCAGACGUUAUUCUAUGGAAACGAUGCUUAGAAGUCCAGUCAAGUGUACGACAGGUGGCACAAAUUACAUUCCGUCACCGGAAUCGCAUGCCGGGAAAAGGCUAUCUCUGGCGCAGCGGAUCAGUAAACGUAGGUGAGAUGACCAUCGUUGACUCUCAACAAGCCGCAAUCAACAUUUCAUGCAAAUCUCAUGGCUCUCAACUGGACACAACUACUAUGACUGCAAUAGAAGUAGGCGACGACGGAUACCCGGUCUAUCAGCCUGAUGAUGCUUCAUCGACGAGGCUCAAACUGCGUUUUAGGAGCGACAGCGAUCUGACAGAGUUCAUGAUCAGAUAUCAGGAACUACAACAGGUUGUCAAAUCGCAGGCGUUGCUGAGGGUGACAACGACCGCAUCAAGCCGAUUAUCCAGCAGUAGUCGAAGGCGGGAUUCAGGAACCGCGCACGCCAAUCGACGCUCAUCUUGA